AUGGUCCCAAAUGGAUCCCACCAAAAUAUGGGGAUUAUUCAGUUACUUCAGCAUUUUGGGUGGACAUGGGUUGGUCUCCUUGCUAUAGAAGAUGACAGUGGAGAACAUUUCUUGAAGAUUAUGGAUCCAUUGCUUACCCACUCUGGGAUCUGUUUGGCCUUCAAAAAAAUAAUCCCACGGCAAGCCCACUGGGAUAACUUGGAUGAAAUGCUUGAUAUAUUCUCAAGUAUUAAUGACAUUUUCACAGAUAACAAAGCCAAUGCAUUUAUUAUCAAUGGAGAAGCUUUGACAAUGGCAUCGUUGAGAACUGUUAUGUUUCUACGAGAAACUGAAAACCCGGGAAAGGUGUGGAUUAUGACAAAUCAGAUGGAUUUUGUAUCAGCAUCUGUUCAAAGAGGCUGGAGUUUCCAGCUCUUCCAAGGUGCCAUUUCCUUUGCAAUUCACUCCAAAGAUGUCCCAGGUUUCAAGGAGUUUCUUCAGGUCAUAAAGCCUUACUGGAACCAGGAAGAUGGUUUUAUCAAAGACGUCUGGGAGCAAGCAUUUGACUGUACAUUUCCAAAUCCCCAGGAAGCGUUGGAGAUUGAUGAAAUGUGUACUGGGAAGGAGAGGCUGGAAAGUCUUCCUGGACCACUUUUUGAAAUGGGCAUGAUCAGCCAUAGCUACCUUAUCUAUAAUGCUGUCUAUGUUGUGGCUCAUGCUUUGCAUUCCAAAACCUCAUCAAAAACAAACCACAGAGAAAUGAUGGGGAAUAAGAAGGUUGUUCUUCAGGAUCUGCAGCCUUGGCAGCUCCACCCAUUUCUUCAAGGCAUUUCAUUUAACAACUCAGCUGGAGAAACGAUUUCCUUUAAUGAUAGAAAGGAAGUGGAAGGUGGAUUUGAUAUAAUUAACAUGAUCACAUUCCCAAACACCUCCUUCCAGAGAGUGAAAGUUGGAUGGAUGGAUCCCAAUGCUCUUGAAGGAAAAGAACUAAUCAUUAAUGAGGAUAUAAUUGAGUGGCACAGAAGCUUCAACCAGGUGCUUCCCCUUUCUGUGUGUAAUGACUACUGCCACCCUGGUAAACAGAAGAAAAAGAAGGAAGGGGAAAAAUUUUGCUGCUAUGACUGUGUUCCAUGCCCAGAAGGGAAGAUUACAAACAAGAAUGAUAUGGAUGACUGUUUUAGAUGUCCAGAAGAUCAAUAUCCAAACUUGGACAAGGAUGGAUGCAUCCCUAAAACAACAAGCUUUCUAUCUUAUGGAGACACUUUAGGGAUCAGUUUAGCCUCAGUUGCAGUGUCGUUUUCCUUCAUCACAGCUUUGGUACUAGGAAUUUUCAUUAAGCACAGAGACACCCCCAUAGUCAAAGCCAACAACCGGGACCUCACCUACGCUCUCCUUGUCUCCCUCUUGCUCUGCUUCCUCUCUUCUUUGCUUUUCCUUGGGCAUCCUGUGAAAGCAACUUGCCUUCUUCGACAACCAGCUUUUGGCAUCAUCUUCUCAAUGGCUGUUUCUACCCUGUUGGCGAAGACUGUCAUUGUGGUUGUUGCUUUCAUGGCCACCAAACCGGGGUCCAAUAUGAGGAAGUGGGUGGGGAAAAGACUGCCAAAUGCAAUUGUUCUUUCGUGCUCCCUUAUCCAAACAGGUAUUUGUUGUGUGUGGCUGGCAACCUCUUCCCCAUUCCCCGAUUUAGACAUGCACUCUGUACCCAAAGAAAUAAUUUUGCAAUGUAAUGAAGGGUCAGUCACCAUGUUUUACUGUGUCCUGAGCUACAUGGGUGCUUUGGCCAUCACCAGCUUCAUCGUGGCCUUCCUAGCCCGCAAAUUACCUGACAGCUUCAAUGAAGCUAAGUUUAUUACAUUCAGCAUGUUGGCAUUUUGCAGUGUGUGGGUCUCCUUUGUCCCCACCUACCUGAGCACAAGAGGAAAAGACAUGGUAGCUGUGGAGAUCUUCUCCAUCUUGUCCUCCAGUGUUGGGUUACUAGGUUGCAUCUUUUUCCCGAAAUGCUACAUUAUUGUUCUGAAGCCUGAGUUGAACACCAGGGAGCAACUAAUAAGACAAAAGAAUUAA